AUGGCCUCUCCUGCGCGGUUAGUCCGAAAAAUCCCGGAAGAGUUGAUCAAGGCUUUCGAAGAACACAAGUUGGAAACUACGCAUCAAGAUGACCGUAAGGUGGUACACAAAAUAGGGAGUUCGGAAUGGGUGUGGAAAAAGAAGCAAAGGAUCGGUGUAGGGGCUAGUGGAUCUGUCUGGCUCCAAGAAAAAGAAGGGGCAGGAGAGCUGAGAGCUGUUAAAAUCCUAGCUCGAAACCCACUGAUAGAUCCAUGCCACUCACAGGAGAUUCUAGCUUUAGUCAAACUAGAAGCAUAUCCGCACCUUUUUGUGGCAUUUAUAGGCUGGUAUGAAAACCACGAACAUAUAUUUCUCUCGAUGGAAUAUGUCGAGGGGGGAGACUUGAGCAAAUAUAUUGCCGAAGGCGGCCCCAAACCCUUAUUAGAGGUGAAAGAUAUUGCCAAACAAAUCCUAGAGGGGCUUGCAAUUCUCCACUCUCUAAAGAUCUAUCAUCGCGACUUAAAGCCACAGAACAUCCUUGUGGUUUGUCUUGACCCUAUUUGGGUCAAAAUUUCUGAUUUUGGGGUUUCAAAACGAGAAAAGAACUCUUCCUCUAUACGAUCUCAAGUUGGAACAUAUGGAUAUAUGGCCCCUGAAUUACUAGGAUAUUUUUCCAAGGGAAAGGCUCGAUAUCUGGCUUAUGCUUUGGAUAUGUGGUCGCUGGGAAUUUUAUUGCAUGAGAUCGCGACUUGUAAGGCGCCGUUUUGCCGCCGCGCGACCGAUACAGAACCAGAAUCUGACCUCGAUCCCUACUCUGACUCUGAGUUGAGCGCUGGCUACGUUACCUCUUCAACAUGGGUCCCGGUAAUAAGAUUACUUGACGACGAACUCCUGAGGAAAUAUUGCUCCGGCCAUGCAGAGUUUCCAGUAGAUCUCCUGGAAGCAUCAAACAUGUGUAAAGAUAAAGAAGGGAUAUCUUUUUUAAAAGCCCUCCUCGUUGCGGCCCCAAAGGAUCGAUUGACCGCGGCUUGCGCUUUAAAAACACCAUGGUUGGAUGGGUACAACUGCCAGGUUGAUAAUUUGAAAAAGGAAUUUCGGCUACUUGGAGUGGAUUUAGAUCUAAGUGGUGGGAAAGAACCGCAGAAAAAAUGCGUCGGCCAAUUUUUCUCGGAUUCGGCGGAGAAAUCAGUCUCUUCUCUGCUCACACAAGCUGCAGUAAAUGGUUAUUGUCUUGCCAUUAAAAGGCUCCUGGAUUCUGGGCCGAUAAGUGAUUCUGAGAUCAGAGAAUCAUUACGACUAGCGAUGGAAAAUAAACAAUUCGAAGCGGCCGGUGUAUUGUUACGAAAUGGCCGUAUUAUAGAGGGUCUAGACGAGGAAGAAGUUCUUUAUUUAACCUUCGAGGCCAGGUGCGUAGAGGUGGUCGACACGCUUCUGCUGCAUGAUAUACCCUAUAAGACUACCUUUCCGUGGGCGAAACUAUAUCCUGGUGUUAUCAGGUCAAGACACCUUGAUAUUUUGGAAAUAGUUAUAAGAAGAACAGACAUCAAUCAGCAAGUGGAUGAUCGUGGUAGAACGCCUUUGCAACUGGCAGCUGAGAACGGCGACUUCGAUGUGGCACAACUCCUGUUGGACCGCGGUGCUGAUGUGAACGCAAGGGAUCAACACCGCCGGAGAAGCCUGAGCUACGCAGCUAAAGGCGGGCAUGUGGAGAUUGUGAAGCUAUCGUUGGACCGCGGUGCUUUUGUGGACGCAAGUGAUCUGUACGGUCGGGGAAGCCUGAGCUACGCAGCUGAAGGCGGCCAUCUGGACGUUGUACAGGCACUGUUGGCCCGCGGUGCUCGUGUAAACGCAAGUGAUUACUACGAUCGGGGAAGCCUGAGCUACGCAGCUAAAGGCGGUCACGUGGACGUUGUAAAGCUAUUUUUGGCCAGCGGUGCUGACGUGAACGCAAUUUCUCUAGCCGGUCGGGGAAGCCUAACCUACGCAGCUGAAGGCGGUCAUCUAGACAUUAUAAAGCUAUUGUCGGACAAUGGCGCAGAUACGUCGAACGGGCAUUUGGAUAUGUUAAAGCUCUUGCUGGACAACGGUACCAAUGUGAAUGGGAUGUAUCGGGGCUACACAGCCCUGGCAUACGCAUCUACUGCAGGCUAUUUGGACAUGGUAAAGCUCUUGUUGGAUAGCGGCGCCGGUGCGGGGGAGGCCUUGAUAGCCCUAAGACGUGCAAAUGAUGGUAGUCAUUGGAAUGUUGCAAAGCUCCUCUCAGAGCGGAUAGAGAAAGAAUCUGGAGAACGAUGGGAAUAG